AUGUCGUCGAGUGAAGAGGAGCUAGACCGUAACAUGUCGGAGGAUGAGGACGCUUCAGAGGACGAAAUUCCAGAAGAGGAAGAGGAAGAGGAGGAAGAGACGCCUGUGAAAAAGCGCAAGGCCGUCGAUAGCAAAUCCAAGCCCAAGAAGCGCCGUAAGCCCGUCAACAAAUUUAUUGAAGAGGAGGCCGACGUAGACGAGGACGAGGAAGAAGAAGAAGACGAAGAUGAUGAUUUCUACCGAUCCGAGCGUCAAAUGGCCGAAGAGGUCGAGGCCGGAAACUCGUACCGCUAUGAGCCGCAGGACCGCACGCAGUUUGACGAGUCAGAGAGCGCCGAGGCCAUAGUCAACCGGAUCAAGAAACGCCACCAACAGAGUCGUAGACAGUACGAUGGUGAGGAAGACAGUGGUGAUGUGAUCCAGAGCGAAGUGGCGCAGCAGUCGCUUCUUCCAUCCAUUCAGGAUCCGCGCAUGUGGGUGUUUAAGUGUAAACCUGGUCGCGAGCAGCAUCUCGUGGUGGCACUCAUGAACAAGUUCGUUGAGUUUGCACGCCGUGGCGAACCUUUGAUGGUCAAAUCUGUGGUGGCCUCCAACUCAAAGGGCUUCAUCUAUGUGGAGGCGGAGCGCGAGCCGCACGCGAAAGAUUGUCUAAAUGGUUUGCGUGAUGUACAGCAAUGGUCGAUGAAGCUGGUGCCUAUUCAUGAAAUGACGUCGGUUCUGAAUGUUCAAACGCGGAGAAAACCGCUAGUUGCUGGCGCUUGGGCGCGGAUGAAGCGCGCAGGAUUGUACAAGGGUGAUCUGUGCAAAGUUAUCGAAAUCCUUGACAAUGGGGCGCGUGCUGUGGUGAAAAUGAUUCCGCGGCUGGACCCAGUUGUUUUGUCGGGUGGGGAACAGCUUAAAUACAAAAAAGGUCAACGUCCACCGCAAAAGCUUUUUCACACGAACAUGGUUCCCGGAGCGGACGUGGCCCGUCGCCGGUAUCCUUCCACGGGAGAAAUGAUGGACUUUUUUGACAAUGAUUUCUACCAGGAAGGUUUUCUUAUAAAGGAGGUGAACAUUGCUACCAUGCUGACAACAGAUGACGUAAACCCGACGCUGGAUGAGAUCAAUCGCUUUUCGUCUGUUGCAGAAGAAGAUGGCGAACAUAGUGCUGAAGAUAUGCUGGCUUCUGUCGAAGCUGAUGAUUGGAAAAAUAAGGUCGAGCUCACUAAAGGUGAUACGGUACGUGUAAUUGAGGGUGACCUGAUUAACCUCAUGGGUGUCGUGCUGAAUACUAACACAGCCAACGACACCGUCCGUGUCAUGCCGCUUCACGAAGAAAUUAAGGAUACGAUCUUGGACUUUCAGCUAAAACAGCUUAUGAAGUACGUGAAGGUUGGUGAUCACAUUAAGGUGAUAUCUGGCAUGUAUUCGGGCGAGACUGGCACGGUCGUAGCAGUGGAUGAUAGCGAAGGUGCUCCUGUUGCUGUUGUGCUUGUGGAUAGUAUGGCGCGUGAAAUCCAAGUGCGCGUUCGCGAUUUACAGGAGUCGGCUGAGAUCUCCCAAGGAUUGGAUUCAUACAAGGGUAAAGAGCUUUACGACCUUGUUGCUCUUGCACAUGGUGACGUGGGCGUGAUUACGCAUGUCGGGCGUGAGGGCUUUACAGUACUUUGUCAGAAUGGUCAAUCUAGGGUUAUCUCCGAUCAGGAAGUGCAGCGUAAGAUACAAUCUUCGCGCACAACAGCAGCACUGGACAAGAAACACAACCACGUUAGUGUUGGGGAAAUGGUUAAUGUUGUGGAAGGAACGUUUUCAGGCCACAGUGGAACGGUGAAGCAUAUUUAUCGGACAUAUCUUUUCGUUCACAAUAAUCGCAUCACGACCAACUCGGGUAUCUUUGUGACACGUGCGCGUGGCGUUAUCCUGUCAGGAAGUAAGGCGCGUUCGGAUAUGAUUACGAAGUCAACGGUGCCUCGAAUGGAUGCUGGAAUGCGUCAGCAGAAUCAGCGAGGUGGCAGAAACCCGCGUGAAUCCGAAUUGAUCGGACAGACGGUGAAGGUGAAAAAAGGGCGCUGGAAAGGCUACAUUGGUAUUGUUGUAGAUGAAAGCGAUCAAAAGGUCAAAGUGGAAAUUCAUUGCAAAGCAAAGGUUGUGGAUAUUGAUCGAAUACAUAUCAGCGUUGCUGGCACGCGUGAAGGUGGAGUGGUGGACAAGCCUCGCUAUGCAGGAACUCCGAUGACUGGCACUACGCCGCUUCCGUCGCAGACACCACUUCACGGAAGUGCGAUGACUCCUAUGGCAACACCACUGCAUCGUGGAAUGAGUACUCCGCAAUCAUCCGGACGCGCUGGUGAGGCAUGGAAUGUUGCGAAUGAUGAUGCACUGCUAGAAACGCAGAUGAAUCAGGAAAAGGAUAUUACCCACGCUACUAGCUUCGGCACACCAUUGGAACCUGCUGCGCCGUCGAGUGAUAUGUCGAGAAGCCGCUAUUCAAACCCGACGACGAUGAUAGCCCCGCGCUCUCCAAGUGGAGAUGGCAUGAUGCCUGUAACCCCAGCUGCAGACUCUACGACUCCUGGAGUGAACUCGACAUCUGGACUGCAGCCGAGGACUCCAGCCUACAUGAUGGGGCAUAACCCGACGACGCCCGGUCUGAAUCCGAUGACACCAGGUUUGAAUCCGACAACACCCGCACAUCUGUCUGCUUCCACACCUGGUAUGGGCCACGAGCCAAUGGGAAUGGAACCGAUGACUCCUGGCUUUAACCCUACGACACCUGGCUUGUCGGCGAUGACCCCUGGUCUUAACCCCGUGACUCCAGGAAUCAAUACUCCGGGAUACAACCACAAUCCAAUGACUCCUGGCUUCGGCGUGGCAACUCCCAUGGGUCGUAUGAACUCUGCUGCCACACCUGCAGCGACGCCUGGCAUGAUGGGAGGCAACGGGGUUCCUGUCACGCCUGCCUUCAACCAGGACGCAAACGACUCUGCGGGUGGACUUGCUAGCGGAGAAGUAACAUGGAAGAUGAAGGGCGUGGAGGUUGAAGUGAUCGUUGGUGAACAGAUUGGCAGAGUGGGCGCCAUUACCAGCGUGAGUGGUAGUUCGUGCUCACUCGAUGUAGAUGGUCGCGUGAUCACUGUGUCGUUAAACAGUGUGCGGCCGGUGAUGCCGGAGAAACAAGACACUGUGAUCAUCUUGUCAGGCGAUGAAGCAGGCACUAGGGGCUCGCUGAUCGGUACAGAUGCGUCUGAUGGUAUCGUCAAGGUUGAUGGCGGCUCCGAGAUUAAGAUUUACGCCAUCGCGUCGCUGGCCAAGAUAGCGCAGUAA